AGUCAAAGUCCUAUUGAUACCCAAAACUUCUCUUCCUCUCUCUCUCUCUCUCUCUCUCCCUCUCUCUCUCUCAAAUAAUCAGACUUUUUUUUCCUGUAUUCUCUACCUGUGGACCAUAAUCUCUCUCUCUCUCAAAUACAUGAUAGUCGCUAUAAAGCUUAAAAAAUAAGGUAAAAGAAGGAGGAACAAACAACAAUAUACUCAUCUGCUGCCCCUUUUUCCUUCUGUACCAAAACAACUGUUUCACUGGCAAGAGUGGCAACUCCACCCAAAAUGAGCCAGUGCGUUCCAAGCUGGGAUUUAGAUGAGAAUCCCAGCCCUACUCCCAGGCUUUCUCUUCGUUCUAACUCCAAUUCCACUGCUCCUGAUGUCCCCAUGUUGGCCUAUGAAGUAGCGGAGCUAACAUGGCAAAACGGCCAGGUAGCCAUGCACGGCUUAGGUCUACCACGCGGGCCUGUCAAACCCAUACCUUCAACCUCUUCUCUUGCCAAGUACAACACUUGGGACAAGCCACGCGCUAGUGGUACCUUAGAAUCAAUCGUAAACCAGGCCACUCUGAUACCCCACAACCACCUCAACCAUAACAGCAACAAUCACGGCCAAAAACCCCGCUCUUUCGAUGGCGGUGGCGGUAGCGACAUGGUCCAGUGGUUCCACUCCCGUGCAGCCGUGGCCACCACCUCGGCCACCAUGACUAUGGAUGCUCUAGUCCCUUGUUCCAACUGCACCGACGACCAGACCACAACCCAAGCCGGCCUUGGUGGCAGCGGCACGUGUGUGGUCGGGUGUUCUACACGCGUUGGGUCGUGUAGUGGCCCUGUUGGUGGUGGUACUAUGACGCAUGACCAAGAUGAGAAUGUCAUAAUAGAACGCGCUAACAACGAGGCGCGUGUAGCAAUCCCCGCCACGGCAGCGGCGGCGGCGGCGGCACCCGAAUGGAGCAGCAGAGACCAAAGCGUCUCCGGCAGCGCCACGUGUGGAAGGGAUAGUCAGCAUGUUACACUUGACACGUGUGAGAGGGACUUGGGUGUGGGGUUCACUUCCACUUCACUGGGUUCCAUGGAAAACACUAGCCCUGGCAAGCCUUGCACUAAGGCCACCACUACUGGUGAUGACCAUGAUUCCGUUUGUCAUAGCAGACCACAGAGGGAGGCACGUGAUGUGGUGGACAAAAAGAAGAGUUCAGCAAAAUCCUCAGUCUCAACGAAACGGAGUAGGGCUGCUGCUAUUCAUAACCAAUCUGAACGUAAAAGAAGAGAUAAAAUAAACCAAAGGAUGAAGACACUGCAGAAGCUGGUCCCCAAUUCGAGUAAGACUGACAAGGCUUCAAUGCUUGACGAAGUGAUUGAAUAUCUGAAGCAAUUGCAAGCUCAAGUCCAAAUGAUGAGCAGAAUGAGUAUGCCACCAAUGAUGUUACCAAUGGCCAUGCAACAACAACUUCAGAUGUCCAUGAUGGCACCAAUGGGCAUGGGGAUGGGAAUGGGCAUGGGACUUGGUAUGGGGAUGGACAUGAACAAUAUCAAUCGGUCCAACAUCACUGGCAUCUCUCCUGUUCUUCACCCUACUGCUUUCAUGCCUAUGACCUCAUGGGAUGCCGGCUCUGGUGACCGGAUACAAGCUACUUCACCCGCGGUAAUGGCAGACCCCUAUUCCACAUUCCUUGCGUGCCAAUCACAGCCAAUGACCAUGGAUGCUUACAGUAGGAUGGCGGCGGCCAUGUACCAGCAGCAGCAGCUGCAUCAACCUCCACCUUCUAGUUCUAAGAGCUAAGCUUUCUGCAAUCUUUGUUUCAUUGCUUGCCAUGCCUAUCUUGGGAUCAAUACCAGAAAUUGGGUGCGUGAGGUUGAUACGGUUUAAUUUGUGUUUUCUGCAAGAGCAUAGAUGCAGGGGUGGUGUGUUUAAAUGAUGCAAGUAUAUUAAUGUAUUUUAGCUCCAAGAGAUGAGCAGAUAGCAAAAAUUAGAGCCUUUUUUGGGGGUAAUCAGUUAGUAAAUAGUUGGUGUACAAUAUUCUCUUUUAAUUUUCAACUGAUUAAUUUGCAACCUCUAUAAUGAUUUUGUAUUUUUUGAAUGUAUAAUGUAUAAUGUAUCUUGAUUUGUUAUUA